AUGACGGGAGAUAAGCUCGAGUCAUCCGCCAGAGGCAAAGUAGCCGUUGUCACAGGCGCCAACACAGGAAUCGGCCUGGAGAUCGUUCGCGAGCUCAAUCUGCGCAAUGCCAAAGUUUACAUGCUGUGCCGAGACGAGAAACGUGGACAGGAGGCGAAGACGGUGCUUGUCGGGAUGGGCUGCGAUGCUAGUCGGCUUCUAAUAGAGCGAUGUGAUCUCUCAAGUUUCGAGUCGAUUCGAAACUGUGUUAGAACCCUCAUGGACUAUGAAAAGACAAUCGACAUCCUUGUCAACAAUGCCGGUAUCAUGUGCUACCCGAAAUACGAGAUGACGAUUGAUGGACAUGAGAUGCAUUGGCAGAGCAAUUACUUGGGUCAUUUCCUUUUGACCGAGUCAUUGCUACCGGCAAUGAAAACUUCGACUGCGGCUCGGAUUGUUAACCUUUCGUCAGCACUGCACAUGAAAUCGGAUAGGAUCGAUUUGUCGCAAAUUGACGAGAAAAAGCAAUUCGGUCUCUUCAAGCCCUACUAUCGAUCCAAACUCGCCAAUGUGAUGCACGCUCGAGCCCUAACGCAGCGUUUUCGCGAAGACGGCACAAAUAAUGUGACGAUCAACAGCUGCCAUCCCGGCGUUGUCAACACGGAGCUGAGCCGCCGUUUCGUUAUCGCCAGAUACAUCGCUCGACCUUUCAUGUGGCUAUUCGCAAAAACGCCUCGCGAAGGCGCACAGACGGCUCUCUACUUGGCUUUAUCGAAGAAUGUCUACGGUAUCAGUGGAAAGUAUUUCAGCGACAGUGCCAUCGCUUCGGAGAAUCCAUUGGCGUUGGAUGAUGAUGCGUGUCAAGACCUUUACAACUACAGCCUCGAAAAGUGUCUGCUGCAAAACGACAGUGCCAUCGCUUCGGAGAAUCCAUUGGCGUUGGAUGAUGAUGCGUGUCAAGACCUUUACAACUACAGCCUCGAAAAGUGUCUUUUGCAAAAG